UUAGGGCCAAGUAAAAGGGUAGGGAUGUUUCUAAAGUCUAUAAAUAGAGAUUUUAAAACACCAAAAUCCAAUCUCUCUCUCAGGAAAUCAAAAACCCCUUUCCUAUUCCAAUUCCCAAAUUCCCAAUUCCCAAUUCCCAAUUCCCAAAUUCCCAAUUCUCAAUUCCAAUCAUUUAUUUAUUUUUAUAAAUUAAAACCAUUCCUUUAAUUCCCUUCUUCCCUAAUUUCCAUUAAGCUCUAUCUAUCUAUCUAUCUAUCUCUUCUUUAAAAAUCCCCCUUUUCUCCUUUCCCUCUCUCAACAAGUCCUUCUCUUUUCCUCCUCAUACCCCUUUCCCUCACAGUAAUUUCCCCUCUCUAAUCCCUUCUUUUUCAACUCUAAUCUUCUCUCGACUUUCCUGUUCUCACAGGCAAUGGACACCGAGAAUGUAAGAUAUCAAGAGGAAGUAAUAGAGAAUGGACGUGGGUUAAAGUUGUUCACGUGUAAUUGGGUUCCAAAGAAUGAAGAACCAAAAGCUUUGAUUUUUCUCUGCCAUGGGUAUGCCAUGGAAUGUAGCAUCACAAUGGACAGUAGUGCAAGAAGGUUAGCAAAAGAAGGCUAUGGAGUAUAUGGAAUUGAUUACGAAGGACAUGGAAAAUCUAGUGGAUUACAAGGCUAUGUUUCAAGUUUUGAUAAUGUGGUGGAAGAUUGUUCUUCUUUUUUCACUUCAAUAUCAGAAAAGAAAGAAAAUAGAGAGAAGAAAAGGUAUUUAAUGGGAGAGUCAAUGGGAGGAGCAGUGGCUCUGAUGAUACACAUAAAACAGCCUGAUUUUUGGGAUGGUGCCAUCUUGGUUGCCCCUAUGUGUAAGAUUGCCGAUGAGAUGAGGCCAAAUCCAUUGGUGAUAAGUUUCUUAACAAAGCUUUGUAAAAUUAUUCCAACUUGGAAAAUUAUUCCAACUCAAGAUGUCAUCGACUUUGCCUUCAAACUCCCUCAAGUUAGGAAACAGAUUAGGGAAAAUCCAUAUUGUUACAAGGGCCGGCCUCGGUUGAAAACUGGCUAUGAACUCUUGAGAGUUACUGCAUUACUUGAGAAUAAACUCAAUGAGGUGUCUCUACCUUUCCUCCUUCUCCACGGUGAAGACGACCGAGUUACAGACAAAUUGGUUAGCAAACAACUCUAUGAUGAAGCGGCGAGCGACGACAAGACGUUGAAUAUGUAUCAGGGAAUGUGGCACGGUUUGUUGUAUGGCGAGACGCCGGAGAAUGUGGACAUUGUGUUCUCAGACAUCAUCGGUUGGUUGGAUAAGAGGAGUAUUGAUGAAAAUUUAAAAUCAGAACUUGAGAGGAAGAAAGAAAAUGAUGGUUUAUUGGAAGCCACGAAAUAGCAAGAAAGCUGAUUAAAAUGAUGGGUUGUGUUUAGUUUGGUUUGAUUAUUUGUUUGUCAUAUCAUUUUAAUCGUGGUGUAAAUAAUUUUAUGAACAUUAGUUUUUAUUAGAACUAUAUUGGAAUGUUCUUGCUAA